AUGAGCGACGUCACACUACCUGAUGAUAUCCUCCUCGACAUCGUACGCCGAGUUGCUAGAGAGAACUUCCUUUUUCUUGGACCAAUAAUGGCGUCUGGCCGACGUGGACUCGUUGCGGUUCGUAACCAAAUCGUACUUCGGCAAAUUAAUCUCGGGCAUUUCAUCGUAAACGGUGAUCAGGUCCGAGUUAGCGCACCAUAUCGUGCCUUCUUCGUCCGUUGUUUAGAGAGUUGA